UCAUUGUCUUGUUAUGUCAAUGUCAAUAUCCACUCUAAAAAUUAGCUACUUCUUGACGAUAAAAUUUUAUAAAUUCUCAUUAAACUGUACAUAAAAAGCAAGCAUAAAAUUAAAAUGUAAUAAAUAUUUUUGACUGCAGUUAUUCGCUACGCGUUUUGUUUGUCAAAAUCAUUGCAUAUUUUUGCAAAUAGGUUGUGUUUGGAUUAGUUUGUAUCAACGUUAAAAAUGGCAAAAACUCAAAUAAACAUCAAAUCAAGCAGCUAUAUGAAAGAUAAAGAAGUUUUUAUGAAGGAUUUGAAGCAGUUCAAUGAGUCCAGAAAUAUAUCCUGUAAGCCACCAAUAGUGAACGGCAUAGAAAUUGAUCUUUUUCAUCUAUACUCAUUGGUACAACAGAGAGGUGGACUUAGCAAGGUUAAUCAAUAUGAUACAUGGGAAUCAUUUUUGCGACCAUUAAGGUUACCACAUCCAUGUGUUAAUGGUUCUACAUUAUUACGAAGACUUUAUGGCACAUAUUUAGAAAAAUAUGAGAGAGCAAAAGGUCCCCCCGGCAGAGAUGAUGAUAAUUAUGACUUGGAUGAAGACCCUCGACGGAGCCGCGCCAGCAACAUGCCACGAAUAUCAUUCGGUAGCGGUACUUACAUCUCAGCAAUCGGAUAAUAUUUUAAUAUUGACAGCGUCAGGUGAACCUCUCCGUACUGGCAACCGAGUGGCAGGUCCGUCUGAGAGACUCGCCCUCUCUCUUUUAUCCCCGAUGCCGAAUGAGCAAGAUUUUGCUGUGAACGUGUGCACAGUACUCGCCGCAGACCAUGCGAACAGGCUACCUUUAUCCUCAACACCUCAUAUAUUGGAUUUCUUAUUGGCACAUGCGGGAGUUUACAAUCAUUCGAGUUUGCGCGACACAAUCGGCCGUUCGUAUUUCGAAGCCCGAGGACGAUACCCCGAUGAGUUCUGGCAGAUGAGAGCCGGCGGCGGAGGCGCCAGAGAGUUGGCAGACGAAACAAAGUUCAUGCAACCUGGACUGGAACAGCCUGAGCUGAUGGUGCAAGCUCUUGCCGCACAUAACACGCUCACCGACUGUCUGAUGCAGGACGAUAAAGAAGAGGACUUAUUGGAUAAGGUUUUCAAUGAUGACGUGUUAGAAGAUUGGGUGACAGAACCUUCAGAAGAGAGUCAACUGUUCGCACCAGUGUUGCCUGGUGGCGCGUCAUGUGUGUACACGCAGCGAGUAUUACAGAUUGCGUCUAUAGUUCGCUCGCUCUCAUUCCACGACGAAAACGUACAAUACUUGGCAAAGAACACAACUCUUAUCAGAUUUUUGCUGUUAUGCGCUAACUGCUGGGUGGGAUCGUUACGGCAGUCUGGCCUCGAUACCCUGGGGAAUGUUUCAACGGAACUUAUAAUAAAGGACCCAGCGACGUGCCUGAUAUCAAGACACGUGUUAUCAACGAUACAGUCUGCUCUAGUAUCGCCGGAUCGAGCGAGAGUGCUCGCAGCUUUAGAGUUAUUGAACAAACUUGCACAGAAUGAAGCUAACGAAGAGGCUCUGCUUAAAGCACUGGAAUCAAAGGUUUAUAGUGACGUGUGUGCGUUAUUAACGUUGCGCGAUAUAAUGGUGUUAGUGUGCACGCUAGAGUGUGUGUACGCGCUGACGUCACUGGGCGAUAGAGCGAGCGAGGCGGUCGCCAGGGUGCCCGGUCUCGUUCACACACUCGUCUCGCUAGUUACAGUUGAGGCACAAAGCUAUGGUCCGCGUGCUUGUAUUCUAAUGAGGGUAGUUGAGACAGUCAGUGGACCAAGUGCUUUAGCAGCCGUGGCUGAGAGAGACGCAGCUAACCAGGUACAACAGAAAUCUCAAGAGGCGGUGUCGUCCGCACAAACGUCCUCCCCCGCGAAAGCCCCCUCCCCCGCUCCCGUGCCCGUCCCUGUCCUCGUGCCCACACCCGCUCCCGCCUCCGCUACCGCUUCCACUUCACACGCCACCCCGCCCGUUAACACGCUACAACAGUCGCACUUACAACAGAGAACUGUACAGGAAAACGAACAUUUCGCACAAGCUUGGCUCCGUUCUACAUUCGAACCGUUACCGCCAUCAGAUAAUAGUGCUUACGAUGCUGGCGAAUUGUAUCGUCAAUAUCUAGCGUGUUGCACUAAACUAGGCAGGAAGGGUGUUAUUGCUCCAGCCCAUUUCCCACGGCUGGUGAGGACUGUAUUCGGAGGCACUGUAGGACCGAAUUCCGUCACCACAUCGUCUGGCGAGACUCAGCAAGCAUACGUCGGAAUACGAUCACGAAAUGUGGCAGCUAGACCGAAUCAAACUGCUGGGCCAUCGUCACCGAUAUUGAAAGCACAGCUGACCAACAAACCCGCUUCAGAAGUGAAGCCUGUUGUUUCACAAGCUCAGACAAUUCAAUCAGGGGUAUCGCAUCCGCACCUGUCCCAGGCGUUGGAAACGAACCCGUCGAAUACAACGUUAAUAAAACAUCUCCUCGCACACAAAGUAAGCUCCGCCCCGGUACACCAAGUCGCUCAGCGUCAACAAAGUCAACAACGAGCCGUCCCGGCGCCCAACGCGGUGGUAGUACAAUCAAAUCAGGUGAUGGAAGUGGAUCCAGAAGCGUUAAUAAAAUGUACUACAAUCACACCGUGCGGUAUUGCCAGCAGUACUCCUACCGCGGAAAAGGUUAUUAUAAACGCACCAGAGGAAGCAUUAGUCGUAAAAGAUGAACCGGUUCAAAUUCAAAUAGACGAUCAGGCACAAUUGACCAUUAAAACCGCUCAGAACAAAAUGCUCGCAGAUUUGCUCGAGAAGAAAUCUAACCCCCCUGUUCAAGUAGUUCAAAUGGGCCAAACGAUAAACGCACCGACCAUCCAGAUAACUGAGACCGGUCAAAUAGUCCAAGUGAAACCAGACACUGACCCCGUUAUGCAAAUCAAUCCGGAAUCUAGUCAUCAGUACUUUCAAAUAAAGAACGAUCAGGGUCAAAUGGUUCAUAUAAAGAACGACCAGAUGCAGAUAAAGAACGACCAGUUCAUUCAAUUGAAGGGUGAACUGCAAGGGUCCGUGUUGCAGUUUAAAAAUGAACACGGUCAGAUAGUUCAGGUUAAGAACGAGGGUCAAAUUAAUGUGCAGAGUGGACACCUGAUACAGCAGGCCGUUUUGCAGGCAUUGAAGACGGAGAAAGAGCAGAUUGUGGAUACGGUCAUCACAGACCAUUCUUAUACAGAACCGCCAACCAAGAAAUCUAAACUGGAGGACAAGAGAGAGGUUUCUUCACCUCAAGAAAGCGUUUCUAAAACGGCAGCUAAUCUAUAUGCUGCUCUUGCUGCUUCCGCUUUGGAAGAUGAGGAUCUGAUCCCUCCGAAACCGGAACCGGUUGAUACGAUACCACAACCGGUGCUUGUAUCCGGUGCGGGUGAAGCGUCAGUUAUUAUACAAGAACCUAUUUUGCAGGUCCAGCAGCCAACUAUGCAGGUCCAACAGCCAACUUUACAAGUACAGCAACCAACAUUGCAAGUUCAGGCGCCAACCUUACAGGUACAACAGCCUACAUUGCAGGUUCAGCAACCAAUGCUUCAAGUGCAACCGAUGGACGUGCAGAACAUAAUCGCUUCACAGUCUGGACAGAUCAUACUUCAAGAAAAAACUUUAUCUUCGCAACCUGCACAGUAUGUUCAGCAGCCGAUGCAGAUUAUUGCAACACCUAGUACAUCACAAGGUGGAUUGAGUUAUAUAGCUCAAAACAUACCUGGCAAUAUGAUGCAGAAAACUAUUAUUAUAGUCCAAGGUCCAACGGGAGGUGGGCCUCUCACUCUGACGAACUCGGGCGUGAUACAGUCCACGCAGCGGGUGAUUGUGAGUCAGCCAACGUUAGUGAGCACGGCACAGCCGAUCACUGUGGUCAAAACGGCCAUUGCGCAGAAUACUCCUCAAAUCACACCGAGCCAGCAACCUAUAAUAACCACUCAACCGCAACCACACAAAGCUCAGAUUGUGAAUCAACCGCAGGGUCAACAAAUAGUGGUUACACAGAAACAACCGCCCGCCCUUAUAAGCACAUCGUCUGGCAAUCAAAUCAUAACCGGCAACCAACAAAUCAUUCAGGGCACCCAGCAAAUUAUGCAAGGCAAUCAACAGAUCAUACAAAGCAAUCAACCUGUCAUACAAAGCAAUCAGCAGAUCAUACAAGGCAAUCAACAAAUCAUGCAGGGCAAUCAACAAAUCAUGCAGGGCAAUCAACAGAUCAUUCAGGGCAACCAACAACUUUUACAGGGCAAUCAGCAAAUUAUAGCAGUUUCUAACAACCAGCAGAUAAUAGUGAAUGCACCGAUGAAACCCGGUGUUCACAGAGUUGUGCAGCAGCCGAGAAGUCAAGUUGUAACUAAUGUUCAAUCCACGAUUGUCAGCCAACCUAGUACUGUACAGAGCGAUGUCAAACCUACUGUUAUUCAAACGACUACGAAGCCUCAGCAACAGGUGAUGCGUCAGGUGAUCACGAGACAACCAGUUAUGGUAGGCAAUACCAAGAUCGGUGAGAAAGAGAUGGUCGUCACACAACCUGUACCCGUGACUGAGGUUGCGAAGAUUCCAUCACCUAAGCCUUCAGCCACGCCUCCUCCUCAGCUUCAACAAGUGAGCAGUCAGGAAGACACGCCCUGGAUAUGUCACUGGAGGGGAUGUGGCAAGACGUUCGCAAACUCGACGGAGGUGUUCUCGCACGCGGCUAGAGUACACUGUCCGCCGAGUGCGGCGGGCGAGGCGCCAUGUAUGUGGCUGGACUGUGAUCGAGUGCCGAGGAAGACAUUCGCUCUACUGAACCACCUCACCGACAAACAUUGUACACCUCACGCUUUGAAAGCGAUAUAUAACGCUAGACGUCAUACUGCUGCCGAAGCGGACAGCAACAAGCCAGUAUCUCUAGGUUAUCCGCCUAACGCUGCGCUCGCAGCGCUGAACAAGCACGCUGCUGAUAUGUUCAACCCUAGGGAACUUAUGGACGAGAACGAAGGUCCUGUCACAAAGAGUAUCAGAUUGACUGCUGCUCUCAUAUUGAGGAAUAUUGUCAUAUACUCCAAUACAGGCAGACGGCAACUACGUUCCUACGAGGCGCAUCUCGCAUCAAUCGCUCUGAGCAGUGUGGAAGCUUCUCGAACGAUCGCCCAAGUUCUCUAUGAUAUGAACAAUAUUUGAGAAUCAGUGUGGGGCAGUGCCCCCAAUAAAUCAAAUAAACCUUUAUUUUGAUUUGCAAUCUCAGAUCAUAGAAUGUCACUUAUGAAUAGAUAAAAAUAUAAAGUAUUACAAAUAUUAAUUGACAGUUACUGUUGU